GUAUCAAACCAAUGCACGUCUUAUUAUUUGAAGCGAGUAUUUAUUUAUUAAAUGUUAAUAAAUGAUGUAUUUAUGAGCUAGCUCGGGCUAAAGAUAGUUGGUCGCGUGUUGAUGACAAUGCUUGUUUGACAUUGGCAUGGAACAGAGAAGGCUGUGAUCAUGACUCUCCAUCUGCUCUCAAGAUCCCUCACUGGGCUCCUUGCAGAGGCAUCGACCAGAGUUCAUCACAGGACUUUUAGUGUAUCUGCUGUUGCCGCAGCCAUCCAAAAAAUGACAAGAGUGCGCGUAGUGGACAACACCCCUCUUGGAAACACACCAUAUCACCGUCCCCCAAGAGUGAUCCACGUCUACACUAAGAAUGGCGUAGGAAAAGUUGGUGACAGAGUGUUGCUUGCCAUCAAAGGACAGAAGAAGAAAGCUCUAAUCGUUGGACACAAAAUGCCCGGAGACCGCAUGUGUCCACGCUUUGAUUCGAACAAUGUUGUUCUGAUAGAGGACAAUGGGAACCCUACAGGAACAAGAAUUAAGGUCCCUAUACCCUCACAUCUACGUAACAUGGAGGGAGAUUACUCCAAAGUCCUAGCCAUUGCUAAUUCAUUUGUUUAACCGCAUUCUGUACUGUGAUUUUUGAUAUACUGUAUAUUUCACAUCUGCUGGGGGUAUAUUAACAUUUUAUGGUUGUAUAAGUUCUUGUCUUCAUUAAACUUAUUGUCUCUAUACAGUA